GGGACGAGAGAGAGAGAGAUUUCAGAAGAGCUCGGCUUAGUUUGGACUGCUGAAGAAACUCGGGUUUUUGCUUUCAGGGGACGGAUUUGGUUGGGUUUUAUAGAGUUUUACACACGAUUAUGGAGUCGAAAGUGGCCGCUGCGCGCGCUCCAUUCAUUGCCGUUUGUCGUUAGCGUGUUAGCAUCGCGGUGCGUAAGUUGUGUGCAGAAGAACGCGAAUUAAUAUGUCAAAAAUAACCGUGGAUUCAGUUGAGAAGUGUUUGUGAUUUGUUUUCCUCAAUUGUAAUGUUAUUUAUUCUAAACAAUUAAAUAUAUAUAUAGCGAUAAGUUUGCGUGCAAGAGGAGGAGGGAGGGGUGCGCGGGUGCGCGCGAACGCGAAAGCUGCAGGAGCUCGAGACUUCGGGGAAAAAAAAAAAACAACCCAAACAAACAAAAGCCCAUAUGACCUGAGAGCACCUGGAGCGCAUGGACGUGAUCUUGUCUUCAGAAAUGGCUGAUGAUCAUGAUUUAAUAGGAGCUUCGGAAUUUAUUAAAGAUCGCCUCUAUUUCGCCACACUGAGAAGCAAACCAAAGAGUACAGCGAACACGCAUUAUUUCUGCACAGAUGAUGAGUUUGUGUAUGAAAACUUUUAUGCAGAUUUCGGACCACUCAACCUCGCCAUGCUGUAUAGGUACUGCUGUAAACUCAACAAAAAGUUAAAGCUGGCCAGGUGUAGUUACCUCAUGUGUUCAUGUUUUGGAAUGUUGAAGUCUUUCACACUGGCCAGAAAAAGGAUUGUGCACUACACCAGCUUUGACCAGCGUAAAAGGGCAAACGCUGCUGUCCUCAUCGGUGCCUACUCGGUGAUCUACCUGAAGAAAACCCCAGAAGAAGCGUACAGAGCAUUAAUCUCUGGCUCGAAUGCCUCUUACCUGCCGUUCAGGGAUGCGUCGUUUGGAAAUUGCACAUACAGCCUGACCGUUCUUGACUGUUUGAAUGGAAUCAGGAAGGCCCUGCAUCACGGCUUCUUGGACUUUGAGACGUUUGAUGUGACCGAGUAUGAGCACUACGAGCGUGUAGAGAAUGGAGACUUCAACUGGAUCGUCCCUGGCAAAUUCCUGGCCUUCAGCGGGCCGCACCCAAAGAGUAAAGUAGAAAACGGCUAUCCUCUCCAUGCCCCCGAAGCUUACUUCUCAUACUUUCGCAAGCACAACGUCAGCACCAUCAUCCGCCUCAACAAGAAGAACUAUGAAGCCAAGCGCUUUACAGAUGCCGGCUUUGACCAUUACGACCUGUUCUUUGUGGACGGCAGCACGCCCAGCGAUGUCAUCACGCGCCGCUUCCUGCAUAUCUCCGAGAGCUCGGAUGGUGCCAUUGCUGUGCACUGCAAAGCCGGUUUGGGCCGGACCGGCACGCUGAUCGGCUGCUAUCUGAUGAAACACUACCGUUUCACUGCGGCCGAAACCAUCGCCUGGAUCCGUAUCUGUAGGCCUGGCUCCAUCAUCGGACCUCAGCAGCACUUUUUAGAGGAGAAGCAGACGAAUCUGUGGGCUCAGGGAGACUCGCUUCGCUCGAAGCAGCAAAAAACACGGGCGUAUGAAGAUAGCAGCGUUCCACGACUUAUCUCUAGCAUGGAUGAGCUGACCAUGAGCAGCGGCUUCUUCAGAUCCAGCAGCAUUGAAGAGAAUGGUGAAUACAGUGAAAAUGGUCUCAGCAUGACUCAAGGAGACAAACUACGUGCCUUAAAGGGCCGGAGGCAGCCCAGGUCAUCCACCUCCACAACUCUGACUAGACUGACUGGCUCCAGUACUCAUGUCCCAGUUUCACCUCUCAAACCCUCCAAAUUGCCGUCCUCUUCCUCCAUUCCCACUGCUACCUCUGCUUCGGCCAAGAGAAUCAGCCGAAUCUCUUCUUCCUCCUCAGCCAACCUGAAGAGCCCCCUGGUGGUGUUUUUCCCUUUCUGUGACUACUCUAUAUGCUGAUAAGGAGAAACAGCCAGUAGUUACGGGUUGCUUAAUUCAGUGGGUGACUCAUCGAGGAAACAAAAAUGCUGAUAUUAGCCCAUGAUACACUCUGUUACUCCAAUUCAUGCUUACUCAUACUUACACCCUUUCUUUCUAUCACUCUCUCUGUAAACUCAUAUUAAGGAAGUUCUAUUUUUUUUUAAUAUCAUUUUUUUUUUUUUUUUUAUACUGAGUACUUGACAUAUCAUUAUGACCUCUAUGACCGCAUGGCACAUUUUUAAGAGGUCAGCAUCACAUAAACACAAAGAAAAAGCCACUUUUUUCUGUAUCUUCUGCCUGUCAUGAUAUUGUGUAGGACGGUAUGUAGUAUGUGUUGAGUGUGUCGCAGUGAUCCGUCCACCAUCCCGUCCCCAAUCUGUGUCCGUGUUCCUUUCUUCACUCCCCCCUAUCCACCCUUCAGCUUCUGUCUUAACUCCAGAUUAACCAACUCAUUGGGCAACCUAUGCGUCGUCGCCGGAGAUUCUGGGAAUCACUCGCGGCCCUUGUUUGCGUCCUCGUCUCCGUCCUACCCUGUCCCGCGUGCCACAUUUGCUAACAUC